AUGGGUCUAAUCAGGCCUACGUCUGCCUUCUCCUUGAGCAGGCCAGUGAUCCCAUCUACACAGUCAUCCUACAGCAGCUCCCCACUCCAGGUUGCCCAGUGGGAGUUCCAGACCAGUGUUGUUUCCUGGGACAUUGACACAGUAGCCAAGUUUAUUGGUGCUGGGGCUGCCACAGUUAGUGUGGCUGGCUCAGGGGCUGGCACCAGAACGGCAUUUGGCAGUUUGAUCAUUGGCUAUGCCAGGAAUCCAUCUCUGAAGCAGCAGCUCUUCUAUGCCAUUCUCGGCUUUGGUGUGUCUGAGGGCAUGGGGUUCUUCUGUCUGAUAGUCAUUUUCCUCAUCCUCUUCGCCAUGUGA